AUGUUGACACGAAGUCGAGCAAAAUGGUUAGCUGCAAGUGAACCUGAGAAUCGUGAAUCACUUGGCGAUUCUGAUGACAGUAGUUACUCAGACCAAGAACCAGAAAUAAGUGUCAAUGAUGACAAUAUUGACAAAGAUAACGACGAAGAUAGUAUUGAUGAUCAUAAUGACGAGGAUGAUGAUGAGGAAAGUACUGAAGACAAUAACAAUAAGAGAAAAAAAUGUUCAACAAUUUCCUCUACAAAAUCUUGCUAUUUAGGUAAAGAUCAAGAAACCAAAUGGAUUACUGAACCUCCCCAGAUAGGGAAAAGUAAAUCAAAAAACAUUGUCACUGAAAAAUCUGGAGUAAAAGGUGGUGGUAAAGAAGCGAAUACACCUUUAUCAGCAUGGACACUGUGCUUUAAUGACACUAUUAUAGAGAAAAUAGUUCUAUACACAAAUCAAAAGUUAAAUAAGAUUCAAGGAAAGUACCAGCGCUCAAGAGAUUGUCCUAUGACCAAUAUCGAAGAAAUGCAGGCUCUGUUUGGAUUGUUGUACUUGGCUGGAACUCUGAAGUUAUCACAUACAAAAACAACUGAUUUAUGGGCACGUGAUGGCACUUCUCCUCCAUAUUUUAAGGCUGUUAUGUCUGAAGCUAGAUUUCGUCAACUCUUACGGGCACUAAGAUUUGACGAUCUUGAUACGAGAAAAGAAAGAUCACAAAACGAUAAACUAGCACCAAUUAGAGAGAUUGUUGAUCAUAUAAACGAAAAAUUUUUAAGUUUGUACUCUGUACAUGAAAACGUAACAAUUGAUGAGAUGAUGUUUUCAUUUAAAGGAAGAUGCAGUUUUCGUCAAUAUCUCCCGAUGAAACCUCAUUCAUAUGGCAUAAAAACAUUUGCUCUCGUUGAUUCGUCAAAUUAUUAUACAUCUUUCAUAGAAAUUUAUACGGGAAAACAACCUCCAGGACCAUUUUUCGUUGAUAAUACACCCAAAGUUGUAGUACAACGCAUUGCAAAAUCAAUUUUGGGAACUGGUCGAAACAUAACUAUGGAUAACUGGUUCAGCUCAAUCCCCCUUAUUGAUAAACUACAAACAUCGCAUAAAACCACAGUAGUAGCGACUCUAAAAAAAAAUAAAAAAGAGAUUCCUCCAGAAUUUUUAGCCACCAAAACUCGUCCGAUUUUCUCAUCACUAAUUGGAUACAGUAAUGGGAAAGUAUUAAGUUCAUAUGUUCCUAUAAAAAACAAAUGUGUCCUCGUAGUUUCAUCCAUGCAUGAAGAAUGUAAAAUCGACGAAAGCACAGGUUCAAAACAGAAACCAGAAACUAUUAUGUAUUACAACGAAACAAAAGGAGGUGUAGAUACUGUAGAUCAACUACGCGGGAAUUACACAGUUGCUCGGUAUUCUUGUCGAUGGCCACUGACAGUUUUUUUCUCAUUAAUGGAUCUAGUCGGGAUUAAUUCUCAAAUUAUUUAUUCUGAGAAUACAGGCACAGAAUUAUCUCGAAAAAGUUUUUUAACUGAGAUUGUCAAAGACUUAACUAAGCCUUUCAUGAUCAAACGUGUAGCUAUACCUCAACUUUCAACACCUUUACGCAUGACGAUGAAGCAAAUCCUCAACAUUUCUAAUAAAGAAGUAUCUGUUAUUGUACAAGAUAAAUCUAGGCAACUAUGUGCAUAUUGCCCUAGAAAGAAGAAUCGUAAGACGACUAUCACUUGUUACUCCUGUGAAAGUUAUAUAUGCAAAGAACAUACUCGUACAAUGUGCGAGAGAUGUUAUAUGUGCAAUGAUUCAACAGAAGAAUAA